AUGGCCGAAUACAAAGGCGCUGGCUCAGAGGCCUCCCGCGCCGCAAUGCUCGAAAAGCAGCGCAAGAACAUGAUCGCAGACUUCCAAUCCCAAAAAGACCGUAUCGCAAAGGAAAAACAAGUACACAUAGGCGCCGACAAAUUCGUCGCGCAAAACGACUGGGUCGACAACGAACUGAAACGGCAGACGGUCGGCCUGGUGCAGUUGGAGGAUUUUCAGCGGAUCAGGGAGAGUUUGGAUAAGCAGAGGAGGGAGGAGGUGGAAAGGGAGAGGGAUGCUGCAUUGAAGAAUAAACGGAAGAAGAAGAAGGAGAAGGUUAAGCUUUCGUUUGAUUUGGAUGGGGAGGAGGAGACGCUUGAGGUUGAGGAGUCAGGGACCUUGGGUGAUGGGGACGCUAGCUCAAAGAUGACAACCAUGACAGUCCCAACCAAGAAAAUAAAAAAGAACCCAACAGUCGAUACCAGUUUCCUCCCCGACCGCGAACGCGAGGAGGAGGAACGCAAAGAGCGCGAGAAACUGAAGGAGGAGUGGUUGGAGCAGCAGGAGAAGACCAAAAAGGACAAGAUAAUCAUAACAUACAGUUACUGGGACGGCACAGGCCACCGUAAGCAAGUCGAAUGCCGCAAAGGCGACACGAUCGGCCAGUUCCUGGAGAACUGCAGGCAGCAGUGGCAUGAGCUGAGGGGGGUGAAUGUGGAUAAUUUGAUGUAUGUUAAGGAGGAUUUGAUUGUGCCGCAUCACUACACAUUCUAUGACUUCAUAAUAAACAAAACCCGCGGCAAAUCCGGCCCCUUAUUCUCAUUCGACGUGCAUGACGACGUGCGGCUCAUCUCGGACGCUACGGUCGAGACUGAAGAAUCACACGCGGGCAAAAUCCUGGAACGCGCCUGGUACGAAAAGAACAAACAUAUCUUCCCUGCGAGCCGGUGGGAGGUGUUUGACCCGCAGAAGGAUUAUGGGAGUUAUACGGUUAAGGAUCGGAAUAAGGAGAAGGGUGGGGAGGCGGCGUAGGGGUGUGGGUGUGGUGGGGUUGUACGUUGAAGGGUUGGGUUGGCGGGAGAGUCGAUGGUCUUUUCGGGGCGGCCUUGGGAUGUAAACUACACCACCGCUUCUUGUAUAUAUUUGCGGUAAAUGGGACCUGAUGGUCUUGGGAGAAACUUUCAGAACAUUCUCGCUUUCCGAGUCGUUGCUUUUCAUCAGUUAAGUCCAAAUUGGACUUUUUCAUGGUUAUAAGAUUGCCGGCGACCCCUGCUCCCUCUCAGUCCUCGAUAACGUGCCUGGCGCCAAUAAUAUUCGGCACCAUCAGGAACACGUCACAUCCAUGCCCAUCCACAGAUUUGAUGUCGAGUGACCCUUGGAAGUAUUUGGCUAUUGGCGGGGCAGAACGAUCAGCGUGAGCAAGCAACUCGGUCCAAAGACCAUUGGACA